UCCGAUUAAUACGACAUGUGGUAAAAGAUCCAGUUGGCGAUAAAUUUUGCUUUCUCUGCCAAGUAUUCCUUGUGACGUCCUCAUGAUGCUGUAAGUAAAAGGUUGGUUGCCUUAAACUAUCAAGAUGGCUUCUGCUGAAGAAGGUGCUGGCAAAUCAGAGACAAAACAGUCACCAUCUGUGUCUGUCCACAAAGUCCAAGUUGUGGCGCCAUGCAUUGCUGAAUCUGGAACUUCAUCCUCCCAAGAAAAUGAAGAUCAACAGGCACCACAGAGCACUCUUGCCGGCAGACGUCAACGACAGCAACGGGUAUACAACAUGAUGAAAGACCUUCAGCAGAAGCAUUUAGCCACAAUAAUGCAGGGCAAAAUAAGUGAGCAGGAAAAUACUGAUCUGUCCGAGUCCCAGAGCAUUUGCCGUAUAUGCCAUUCCUCUGGUGAAGAACCCCUCAUAACACCUUGUUACUGUUCUGGCUCUGCAAAGCAUGUCCAUGCAUCUUGUCUGUUAACCUGGUUCAAAAAAGAAGUCAAAAACACCUGUGAACUAUGUCGAUAUAAAGUUGAUAUCAAGAAAAAGGGAAAGCCAUAUGCCGAGUGGCGCAAGCCAGAGGACAAGCCUACGCCGUUGAUUUGGUUUACUGUAUUUGUCGUUGGACUAUUUUUAAAUGUAUUCUCCAUCUCUGUGAGUGCAUCUGAACUGUGUGUCUCAACAGCAUGCGUAAUAUUUUAUGUGGUAAAUGGAUUUGGAAUAAUUCUCGAUGCUGCUCUCCUGUAUUGCUGGUGGACAAAAUGUCUCUUCUACUGGAGGAAAUGGUGUGCUUUGAACCAAGAUUGGUCCAUUGUCGUUGGCCCUGGCCAAACAACUGGGCCACAGCAACGGAGUCGAGAGGAAAGAAGUAGUGGACGGACUAUACAAAUGUCACACAUAGUAUGAUAAACUUACUGCAAAUGAAACAGUUUUUAGUCUUAGGUAACUAGGCCCUGUCAGAGUACUAUAUAAUUUCCUCAAACUCAUCAAGUUUAAACAAAGAAAAUCAUGACCGGACGGUGUUUGGAUAAUCUGAUUGCAGUUAGCAUAGAUUUUUUUGACUUUAUUUCUCAGUUUUCUCCUUAGUUUUAGUUUCGAUUGAGAAGAUAUAUCAGACAUUCAAGGCAGUGUUUGACCACAUUUCCAAACACCUCAAGGUUCCUCAAAAACGCCUUGCUACUAGAGGUACUUUCAACUCCCUUCUCAGUGUUUGGAAAUGUAGUCAUACUUAAUGUACAUGGAUUUCAAGAGGUGAUUAUAGAAUGAGUAUAUACAGACCAGACAUGUCUACAUGUACAUUGAUAUUGUAACAUAGGAAUGUUUCUCUAUAACAUUAGGAGGGAAAUUGCAAAUUUGUCACUAAAUAGAUUUCAGAUUUUUCAUUAAGCGGUCUGAGUAACUGCUGUCCAGGGUCACUGUAAAUUGACACUUCACUCUCACAGCAUCUUUCUACUUCUCUGCCAUGGAAUAUGCAUGCAUGAGUUGCAGUUGAGUGUAAUCAGGGUGAAAAGAUUAAAAGCGCAUGGUUUCCUCAUUGAAAGGCCACAACUUAAAAUUCAAAUUCACAUCUUUUAAGUUGAAAGUAUCACAUGUAUGUUAAUUUAUUACACAAUUUUCAUGAAACUUAAUUUCGUAAUUUUGGAAGAGUGAAAUUAUGAGAUGCUCAAUUUUCACAAGAUUGAAGACUUCAUUGUUCACUCGACACACAACAGUGCUUGUCAUGCCAUGGGAUGCAUAAGGACUUAUUGGUCACUCCAGAUUUCAUUUAUUGCAUUAAAGCCCCUGUUUUCCUGGUGAAUAUUUACAGCACUAAUCCAGGCACAAAUUCACAUACUGUAUUUGAAACUUUGUGGGAAAUAUUAUUUGGCAAGUACUGGUACUCAAAAAGAAUUGUACAUAGCACACUUUAUUGAUCAAAAUAGGCACAGAAAGUGUGGCAAUCAGAUAACCUAUCAGUAUUUUGUUGGAGAAAUUAAACAAGCACCUUCCCCCAUUAUCUCUCCAUUAACCCCCCCCCCUGCCCCCUUCAAUAUGGUGUCCCCCAAACAUGAUAAGCCCAUCGAAAAGGGGGAUGGGAUUUAUGGUAACUGUACUGGCUAUGCACUGGCAUAUCGCUAGUUGUAAGAGAAUUCAUAGAUUGAUGUAUAGAUGGUCAUUGUAUUUACUAGUUCGUUUUGUAUAAUAGCCUGUAGCCACUGAUUAGUUAAAGCAGAUGAUGUUUAAUUGUAUACGAUUAUUUUAUGAUGAGAAGUAAUACAUUCGCAGUAGAAUAUUAUACAAAAAAAUUAACAUCAAAACCUUGUUCGACAGAUUAAUUUGAUGAUCACUAAUUUGUAUUUCAAAAUGUUUUACAGAAUAGUUGCAUAUAUUUAGAUGUUGGUUGUAUAAAGCCUACUGCAAAUAAACUUACUAAGUUGUAGUAUUA